AUGAAAUCAGAAUUAGAUUUAUUUACAUUACCACCUACACAGACUUCGGUGGAAAGCUCUCAAUUUAUACAUUAUAAACCAGUUUCUUCGCUAACAGACGAUGGACCGUUGGAAUUCGUCGUUCCAGCUGGUAGUGAUUAUCUCGAUCUUGCACACACAAUGCUAAGCAUUCGUAUGCAGAUAGAGCCAAAUGUUGAAAUAACAGAAGCAGCUAAAGCUAUAGAGUAUCCGAAGGUAGCAGCAAUAAAUAACAUGUUACAUUCGCUAUUUAACCAAAUAGAUGUUUUCUUUAAUCAAAAAUUGGUUUCACCACCAAACAAUGCUUAUCCUUAUCGAGCUUACAUCGAAACACUGUUAAAUUAUUCAAAGAGCAGUAUGGAAUCGCAUCUCACGAGUGGACUCUGGUAUGCGGAUACCCCUGGAAAAUGGGCAUCGCCUCCCAAUAUCAAGCGUACUGAUGUAAAUGCAAAUAUUGGUCAGUGUAACAGUCAGUAUUUUACUCAGAAUGGUAAAACUGUCGAUUUACUCGGUCAUUUGCAUUGCGAAGUUUUUAAUCAAAAUAAGUUUCUGUUAAAUGGUGUUGAACUGCGAUUACGAUUGGUUAGGAGUAAGGAUGCUUUUUGUUUGAUGGAUUUUACAGAUGACGUUAAAUUUACUAUACGCAUUAAGGAAGCUUCACUGAUUGUGCGUCGAGUUAAAAUAAGUCCAGGUGUUAUACUAGGUCAUGCUAAUGCACUUACAAAAGCCACUGCUAAAUACCCAAUCAAUCAUGUGGAGGUGAAGGCAUUUACAAUGCAUAGAGGUAUUCUUGGCGAUACACUGGACAACGUUAUUCUCGGUCAAAUACCCAAAAGAAUAAUCAUUGGAUUUGAAGAUAACAAGGCAUUAAAUGGAAACAGAAAGUUUAAUCCAUUUAAUUUCCAACAUUUCAAUAUAAACUAUAUUUCUCUUUAUGUGGAUGGUGUCCAAAUUCCCAGCAAACCAUUGCAGCCUCGAUUUGUGACAUCAUUUAAACCUCCCACCCUACUGCCACUCCUUACGGCUCUCUAUAAAUAUCAACUCUACAUAAGUAUGUUCUCAUUGCUACGCGUACACUUGACGGGUCAUAAUCGUAAUAUGGAUAAACACAAUAUAGAGAAGAAGAAGAAAGAAGGUUCAGGUCGAGCGGAAAUGAAAUAUAAACCGGCUUCUGGAUUCCAAAAGUUUUUACCUCAAUAUUCUCCCAAUACUGGAUCAUUCCCGAAAAAAGAAGGGUACAGGAGUUAUUGUCCUGACAAGGAAGCAAAUAAAGAUUCCAAAUAUCAAGGACACAACAAUACUGAUUGGGGGUAG